AUACCAUGUGGUGACCAAGACACAGUAUAGUUGUGUCUGAUGUUGAAUGCAGCAGUGUAUUCAUACCAUUUCUGGGACAUCAGUUCAACAUUAUUUCGAAUCUCCGAUGGCUUUGCUCUGAAGAAACCAUCAUGGCUUCAGCCCAAAUCCAACUGCUCCUGCUGGCUGCUGUUCUGGUAAUAGUAACGAUGUCGUUUCUGUCGUGGCAGAGAGUACAAGGAUUUCAAAACAUGUCAAAUGGACUGAUGCCACGACCUGCCUUAAAAUCUUAUUUGAAUGAAAGCACCUUAACACGGAAAAGUUUCAAAAACGAUUCAAGUUGGCAUGCUUCUGGAAAACUCUCAAGUUUGUCAUUAAUUGAUAACACACAUCUGUAUAAGCUGGAGGAAACUGUCAAAGUGAAAAUCGUUCUGUUUGACCACAAGAAACGACCUAAAUCUCGUGGAGGUGAUAUGGUAGUAGUUUGGAUGAAAGACAAGAAGAAUGGCGCUGCUUCCGCCGGAAUUGUAAAGGAUCAUGACAACGGGACGUAUACAGGUAUUCUGCGCACCUUGUGGACCGGAACAGCAGAAAUAAGGGCGGCUGUUGUUUCAUCCAGGGAACGAAUAGACUUUACAUACGACAUGUUACGCAAAGGAUACCAGGGGAAGUCAAUUAGUUGCACAUUCAGGUCAACUAGGACAGUUGAGACUACAAGUGGAUAUAUGGACAUUAACAAUAUGAAAACAGACAAUCUUUGCAAUUUCACCAGUCAGUACCAUGGUGUUCCAUUCUAUUGUGGAAAACCCAAAACACCAGGGUUGCGAUGCGGAGACUGGACUCAAGUUUCUAGCAAAUUGAGUUAUAUGACUCUAAGCUCGAACGAGCAAUGGUUUUCCACGUCGCCAACAGAAUACUUAUCUGAAGUCAUCAAGAUAAAUGUUAUAUCACAAGUUGAAGGUGAUACCGUAUCUGCAUCUCGGCCAUGUUACCUGCAGGACCCUCGGAACACCUGGCGUGCCACCCCACCUGUUGGGUUUUCUUAUCAACACACAUGGCGCCCUCUAUCGUGUUUUAGCAACACCACAACUACAAAUAGCUACCAUCACUGCCUAGCGAACAGAACAUUGAGACUGUAUGGUGACUCCACUGUAAGACAGUGGUUUUCAUAUUUGUUCAUAAAGCUCAAUCUCACCUUCAGAUCAAAGCCAUCGGAGAUUCGAAAUAAUGUUGAACUGAUGUCCCAGAAAUGGUAUGAAUACACUGCUGCAUUCAACAUUAGACACAACUAUACUGUGUCUUGGUCACCGCAUGGUCUGCCGAUGACGUUUCAAGACGCCAACAUGACAGACAUUCGACCAGUGUUUGUUCGGCUGGAGGAUAUUCCAUCACAAUCUACAGAUAUCCUUCUCGUUAACUUGUAUUCUCAUUUUGAAUUGUUUCCCUUACAUAUUUAUCGAUCUCGAGUGAAGCGAACUAGACGGGCUAUAGAAGAAUUACUGAUACGAUCUCCGAAUGUAAUGAUUGCCAUCAAAGGACCACAUAAUUUUGUUGUUGAAGGUAAAUUUACGACCACUUUGGGCGGGAUGUGGGGUCCUGUGUAUGAGAACAUUCUGAAACAAGAGUUUGUUGAUCUCAACAACCGGGUGGUUUACCUCGACUUCUGGGAUAUGACAGUUGCUCUGGAAUCUGAAGAUAUUCACCCAAGUGAACAGAUAGUGAAAAUGAUGCUGAACGUGUUCUUCGGACACGUUUGUAAAUUGAGUAAGUAAUAUAAAAAAAUAUAUAAUA